GGAAGUAAAAGCCUCAACUAAAACCUCCAUAAAAUUCGAGGGAAUAUAAUUAGGGUUUUCAGUAUAAAACCAGCUGGGUCUGCAUCUUCACUCUCUACUUCGCAACUUCAGAUCUUCUUCGUCGUCUGAAUCUAAGUUUUGACUUCAUUUGAAGAGUUUCUGGACUGCCAUUCCUUCCAAAAUGAGCCGGCCAAUGGAGGAAGAUACUGCAGCUAAGAAUGAGGAAGAGGAGUUCAACACUGGACCACUAUCUGUACUGAUGAUGAGUGUUAAAAAUAAUACCCAGGUAUUGAUAAAUUGUCGGAACAACAAAAAGCUUCUUGGUCGUGUUAGAGCUUUUGAUAGGCACUGCAACAUGGUUCUUGAAAAUGUCAGGGAGAUGUGGACAGAGGUGCCCAAGACUGGUAAAGGAAAGAAGAAGGCCCAGCCAGUGAACAAGGAUAGAUUCAUCAGCAAAAUGUUCCUCCGUGGAGAUUCCGUCAUCAUUGUUCUUAGGAACCCUAAAUGAGAUUGUGUAAUCAUGUUGUAGAAGGAAAUGGCUAUGUAGUAUUUGCCUUUAUUAUCUCUUGAAAUUCUUGACAACCUUAUAUGUAGACAUUCUGCUAGCCUUAAAACUUUAUUUUUUAGACAUUGACAGAGGAUGUAGUUGGUAUUUUGAUGAGGGCGCCCCAGAACAAUUUUACCAAUAUGCGGAUGUACCUAUUGACGUGUACAUCUAAUGCUUUGUAUUGUAUGGGAUAGUUUUAAAAUGUAUAGUUCGUUUUUUUGUUCUUU